GCCAUGCUCAUGAGCAGAGAACUGACAACGGCGAAACAAUAUCAUCAACUAGCCUUCGUCGCUCAUAAUCAUACCCCUAUCCCUUUGGACAAGAAGACAUGACCGUCAGCACAGACUCGGGAAGCAACUCGCCGGUUGUAAUCUGCGCUGAGAAUGCAGCCUUCUUAUCCCUUCUUCACAAAGUUCCGAUCCUCCCUUCCACCCACCCCGUCACUGAUCUCAGUCUCGGAGCUGGUCAGGGGACGAGGAUCCUCCCCAUUGACCGAGAGUCCCGUCUUGCGGGGGCAGUAGCUCUAUUAACCAGCCUGUCCAACGACAGCAACUGUAUCACCGCGGCGUCCAUCGUAGAGAAUCAAAAAGAUGACCGGCUGGAUGUCCUCGUUGCCGUCAACCGAGCGAAGGAGAGAGACCAGGGGCCGUACUUGGACAAAGUCGCCACUGGUCUCAGGACCGUGUUUGAAGUCCUGGCGCGCGCUUCUCAUAAGGACGAGCCCCAUGUGAAAGCAGAGGUCUUCACAGCGGUCGUCACUGUAUCAUACGCACGGAUUGUCGGUCGACUACGUUUUAUCAAGCCUAACCAAGGUCGUAGGAAAGGAAAGAUAAGGACACCUCUCCGUGACAGCCUUCAGCAGGCAUCGAAUGCUGUGCAAUCAAUGCGACAACAGCUUCAAGUGGCCGGACUGGGGGAGACGGCUGAGGCGUUCCUGGCGGCCUCCAAACCCAUGCUUGCAGCCCUAUUGUCGUUCGAGAAUCACCAAACAAUCGACGAACUUGAGUCGGUCAUUGGCGAGGCCCUACGCUGGUCGCAGUCAGGGGAUAUCGCGCGGCUCUUUAAUGCUAUCCCCAACCGCAUCAUGAGCCCAGAAACUCUCCCGGCUCUCCUCCGUAACUUAAAGAAGGUUGCCCAGUAUCGGAUUGUCUCCCGGGACUUGUACAGAAGUGCUCGAAGAUUCCCGAUUCUUCGACGAGCCAAGGUCAUUCCGAUUGACCUCGGUGCUGAAGCAUUUGUCCGGCAAACGCCAGGCCAUUAUCAGCCUGAACUCGAUCGCACUCUGAAAAGGAUUUCACCUGAGAAUUCUCAAAAAUCCGCCUUCGUCCAGCUUUCCAAGUUUGUGAAGAAAAGCGAAAAUGAACUCAGAGAAGAAUUCAAGUCGAAAGUCAGACGGAUCUUGAAAGAGUCGAAAAUUCAUGCCGAAGUUCAGAUUCUAGCGUACCUGGAAGAUAGACGCCCUCGACUUCCACCCCGAGUAGUCCGGUCGAGCAAGAAGGCCUGCUUUCUCUGCAACUCGCUUUUUGCUUUACACAAGACGUAUUCCAUCCCUCAGUCCCACGGACGGCUCUACGAAGGCUGGCGUUUACCAUGUAUGCCCUGUCUCCAGGGGCUCCAUCAGCGCCUGAAUCAUUCUCUAGAGUUGCAAGCUAGAAAGAGCGUCGGAUUCCUCCUCCAGCAGAGACGUCCGACAGGCUACCCCGACCCUUAUGAGAGCAGUGCCCUCAAUCUGCCUUGUUCAACAACCACUGUAAAUACAAAUACCACCAAGGGGGUAUCGGUUGAUCAACCAGUAGAACCUGGAGUCGACAUGGGGCUGAAACAGGCCUCUGAAGCGAACCCAGAGGUCGAAGAAGAAGAAACGGACCGAAGCAGCAAAGUUGAAGCGGAGGCUGACACGGAGAAAGAGUCCCCCGACUCUCUCAGUGAGGUUGAGCUCUCGAGUACCCCAUCAGAACCACCGGAGGUUCGAGGACCAUCACUCAGCUUGAAAGAUGACAACUCCCUUUCUGCCGUCUCGUCCACUAAUUCCAACUUGGAGAAUUUACCCUGGCGAGAGGUCUCCUUAGUACAAGGCCGCACCUACGCUCACAAGCUGAACUCGGGCAGCCAAUCUUGUCUCUACACUCUCGGGAAGUUUGAAUUAUGCCUGGAGCACUUCAACGAGAGGGCUUCCUCGUCCUUCCCUCCCAAACGAUUGAAGUAUGAGAUUAAAUGGCUGUACUCGGACGAGGCACAGUCUCUUAGAGAGCAUAGGCCUGUGACCUUGGUCGACCCGAGAGCACUCUCUCCUGGCGAAGACGUCGACGCUUCGGAACAGAAUCCGAUAUAUUUUGUUUCGGGGGAAGAGAUUAUCCAGCUCACACUCCAUUGACGGGAAGAAAAAGAAAAGAAAAGGACUGGGUUACGGGGGCCUGAAUAUACGACAUGUUCCUAAAGAGGAUGGAUAACUUGCGACGGCAUGGGGCAUGACAGGAACAGGGUGACGGAACACUUGACU